AUGUACCGAGAUCCCAACCCCUUCGACGAGGGCGCCGACGACAACGCCUUCUCCAAUGGGGGAGGACGCGGUGGUGCUGGUGGUGGCGGCGGCGGCGGCAAGUCGCAGUUCCAGUUUCGCCCGACGGAGCCCGUCGGAUUCGGCGCCGGCGGCAACGGGGACGCCGCCGUCGACAUCCCCCUUGACAACAUGAACGGUUCGAAUGGCAAGGAAAGUGAGCUCUCACAGUGGCAGGCAGAUCUCAAGAGGCGAGAGGCGGACAUCAAGAGGAGGGAGGAAGCUCUCAAGAGCGCUGGGGUGCCCAUGGAGGACAAGAACUGGCCCCCGUUCUUCCCGAUCAUCCACCACGACAUUGCCAAUGAAAUACCAGCCAACGCGCAGCGGUUGCAGUAUCUUGCUUUUGCUAGCUGGCUCGGCAUCGUGCUUUGCCUCGUUUGGAAUUUCAUUGCUGUCACAGUCUGUUGGAUCAGAGGGGGAGACUCUAAACUGUUUUUCCUGGCUACUAUUUAUGGUAUGCUUGGAGUACCUUUGUCCUACUUGAUGUGGUAUAGGCCUCUGUACCGUGCAAUGAGAACUGACAGCGCAUUCAGCUUUGGGUGGUUUUUCCUUUGUUACAUGCUCCACAUUGGCUUUUGUAUAAUUGCUGCCAUUGCUCCGCCAAUCGUAUUUCGUGGGAAGUCAUUAACGGGUAUACUGGCUGCAAUCGAUACCUUCUCUGAUCAUGCAUUAGUUGGGAUACUUUACUUUGUCGGAUUUGCCUUGUUUUCAUUGGAGACAGUUGUGAGCAUUUGGGUUCUUCAGAGAGUAUACAUGUAUUUCAGAGGGCACAAGUGA